AUGGCUUCAGACCCCCCUUCUGCCUACUCGGAAGCAAGGGAGCAACCGUUAACUGACGACCCGGCACCAGUCUACAACGAGCUGAUAGCUACUGUUGAUACCGAUACGCGGAUUGUUCAGCAUCUUGAGCAAAUCCAGUUUGCAGCGCAGCAACAACAACCCCACGAAUCUCAAACGCCUGCCUACAAAUCUUCGUAUCUCGAUGGCAAAGCCGAACCCCCACAUUACUUCAAUAUCGCUAUCCAUGUAGGCAAUUAUGGGCAUCGAGUACGGCUAGCAAUACAUGGGACACUUAUUGUGGAGGAAAAUGGCUUGGAAUUCUUUGACAUUGGUGGCGACUCAGCCCAACCGAUGGCCUUUAUGGUCAAAAGUCCAGGCUUUAUUCCAGGCAUGGAGCAACUGAAAGCUGGAGAUGUGGGGAAGCGACGCAAAGAUAUCGCCGAGAUACUCCAAAGUUGUUGGAAGCCAUGUGCUAGCGUUGACGAAGUUAAAGAAGACGAAAUUCGUUCGCCGAAAGAAACUGAGAAUUCCGCUGCAUAUAAUGUUUAUCAUGCCAUGGCCACCAACCUAGCAUUUUCAUAUCGGUCUUCAGCGCUGAUUCCAAAACCCAAGGAUUGGGGCCCUCAUAUUUCCAUUUCUAGUUUCUAUUUUCUCUCUUUUGCGUCCAACUACCAACCCGACUCCGAACUUGCCAAUUUCCUGGCAUCCGGCCCCGCGCCUGUCUAUAUUGGAUUUGGCUCUAUUGUUGUUGAUGACCCGAACGCCAUGACCCAAUUAAUCUUCGAUGCCGUUAGAAAGAAAGGGCAACGAGCUUUGGUUUCCAAGGGCUAG